AUGAUUGAAAAAAACAAAUACAAAAAGCUAAAUGAUGCUGAUUCAGCUGACGUUCCUCGCUUGGGCACUCUUGCAACGUUUGACGGUGAACUGCCACGGUACAAUGAAAUCUUGAAUUCUCAUCUAGACGACUUGGAAAAAGGUCAUGCACCUCGGUACUCAGAAAACAGACAUCAAGAAGCGUCUACCAACAUGACAGGAGGAAGCGGAUUCUUUAUUCUUUUACGAAAUGUCUUGACGGCAUUAUUGUGGUUGAUUUUCUGGCCGGCAGAAAUUGCGAGAAUUCCUGAAGCACAACGAAGACAAGAGAAUGAAGCUCUUCGGCUUGGUUGGUGCUUUAUUGGUUCAAUCGUAUUGAACUUUUGGUUUUCAUACAAAUACCUUGUCCCCUUUAUAAAGGAACCGAUGAAAGAAUCUGUAUGGACAUGGUUUCAAGCUACUGUGGCAGCUGUUCUUGUCGUCAUGACUUUCUAUAUGUUCUUAUUUGUUUUUUCACUGUUGGUGGAUUCAAUCGUUAUAUUGAUUCCUCUAGUUGUUUCUGGGAUUUUUUCUAAAGACUUGACGGAUGAUAAUAGUAUCCCAUUAAACAGCUUGCCACCAGAGCCUGAAAACCAGUUCAACGAUCGUAGUGAUGAUACUUUUAAACAACCGUCCUCUGAACAUACCUCUGAACAUACUGAGCAAUCUCCAGGGUUACGCCAGGAACCGGGUCAGUCUAGGGAUGUUGAAAGCGGUGGGAAUUGA